UACAUCAGCAGCCUGGGGGCUGGAUGUGAUUCGCUGUAUUUAUCAGCUUGCUCUCUCCCACAAUUCAACAGGCACCAGAAGGAGAGAAGAAGAGGGCGACAGAAAGUAUUUAAAUAAAUAGAUUGUUGUUGAAGUAUUACAAUACAACAUAAACAGCCAAAGCUAAAACGGGGAACAAUUGCUACACACUUUUGUUUAUUUUUUUUUAUAGCUAGCGAGAUACAGUUGCUUCCACGAAAUGUGUUUGACUGCUAAGCUAGCCGACUGGCUAAACUAAGUAGCUAGCAAGUUAGCUCGGCUCCGGCCCAAAAUAGCUAACGUUAGCUCCAUUUUCAGAUUUCAAGAGAACCCCAAUUCAAGUGUACAUUACCACGUAUGCAGAUGUUCAUCUAACGAAAGCAAGGGAAAGCUGAUGAAACUUUAGUUCAACUGAGUCACCAAUUCUAGUCAUGCAAUGGAGAUGAGCGCUGUGCAGUGUGUAUGACCAGCUGUCUCCAUCCUGAUGGGAGGACUCUGUGGAUAGCAGCACCGUCUUCAGGACUCCAGGAGGAGAGUAGCCGCCCCUGCCAAGGAGGACCGUUCAGAAUGAAGAAAAUCAGCCUUAAGACCAUCCGCAAGUCCCUCAACAUCAAGGUCAAGGAGGAAGGAGGGGGGGACUUUGUCAUGCUCCAGCAGCCCUCGCUAGUGGCCGACUUCUCCAAGGAGGACUCGCUCUUCGGGGGCUGCUACACUAAAGAUCUUGCGGGCUGCAACCUGGGAAUUGGUGAUGUGGGAGAGGAGAAGGCGGGACACAACAAGGGCCGGUCUAAGAGCGAGAGCCUGAUGGGUUCUCUGAAGAGGAGGCUGUCGGCCAAGCAGAAGGCCAAGGUCAAAGGUGGCUCAUUAGCCAUGGGGUCGGCUGACGAUGAUGACACCUUCUCCUCCUCCUCGGUCCCAAUUAGCUUCAACGAGGUCAAGGCCCAGCGUCCGUUACGAUCAGCGUCACUCCGUAGCCACCAUUACAGCCCGUCUCCCUGGCCCCUGCGGCCUGUCGCUUCAGAUGAGGCCUGCAUCAAAAUGGAGGUGAAGGUUAAAGCCAUGGUCCAUUCCCCCAGCCCAAACCUGAAUGGCAUGCGGAAGGAGUUCCACCACCAUGACUUUCAGAUGGAGAACAUCUUCCAGGAGCAGGCCGAGUCCCUGAAGAGCCUCCAGCAGCCGCAGAACGGAGACCUGAACAAUGACAAACACGUGCCUGUAGUCCUGGGCCUCACGCCGCAGGACUACAUCCAGUACACCAUGCCUUUAGAUGAGGGAAUGUACCCAGAGGGGUCCCACUCUGUCUCCCACUCCUUCUGCCUGGACAGGUCCUCACCCAUGGAGGUGGUGACGGAGGCGGAUAGUAGCUCCCUCCACGCCAACCACCAGAGUCAGGAGGACCAGGAUCUGGUGAGUCUGAACCGGAACCUUCCAGCGGACCUCUUCAUGGAGUCACAAUCGGUGAACGGCCUCUUCAUCGGCUCUAACGGUGUGAUGCUCCAUAGCUGCAGGGACAGGGUCAACGCUCAACAACACCCCGCUCCUCCCCAGCGCUCCCCUCUCCUGCCCGCGCUACCCAGCAACAACAUCCCCAGGACUUACUCCAGGUUCGGCGGGGCAGACGGCCACGUGGCGGCCCGGAUGAGGCAACACCUGAACUUUGACCUCGACUCUGCUCCGGGGGUGAGUCGGCUGUAUGACUCAGUCCGGAGCAGUGGACCAAUGGUGGUAACCAGCCUGACUGAGGAGUUGAAGAAGCUAGCCAGGCAGGGUUGGUACUGGGGACCUAUCACACGCUGGGAGGCCGAGGAGAAGCUAGUCAACCUGCCUGACGGCUCGUUCCUGGUCAGGGACAGCUCGGACGACAGGUACCUCCUCAGCCUGAGUUUCCGCUCCCAGACCAAGACCCUCCACACCCGCAUCGAACACUCCAACGGACGCUUCAGCUUCUAUGAGCAACCCGACGUGGAGGGACACACGUCCAUGGUGGACCUGAUAGAAUACUCCAUAAAAGAUUCGGAGAAUGGAGCCUUCUGUUAUUCUAGAUCUCGCUUACCAGGGUCCGCCACCUACCCCGUCAGGCUGACCAAUCCCGUGUCUCGGUUUAUGCACGUGCGCUCCCUGCAGUACCUGUGUCGGUUUGUGAUCAGACAGUAUACCAGGAUUGACCUAAUUCAGAACCUGCCUUUGCCCAACAAGAUGAAAGACUACCUGCAGGAGAAGCACUACUGACUCUGUUGACACAGACGUGACAUGGGACAGACAACGUUAGCAACUUGCACUUUUGGGUUCAGUUUAAGAGAUUCAACAAAGGUUUACAGACAUCCGUAGUUUGGAGACGAUCGAUUGGGUUCCAUUGGCUCUUUGUUUGUGUCCAGGGAUGUCUGAAAUGGAACCCUAUUCUGUAUGUAGUACACUACUUUUUCCCAGAGCACUAGCUUAAAGUAGUGCACUGUAUAGGGUGUCAUUUCAGUUACCCCUUGGUUAUUUUUGUUUGUGUCCAGUCCUCCAUUUCUCAGUUAAAGGGCUGUCAUUGUCGCCAAGCCUCCAGAGAGACGUAUCAUAGCAUCUCCAUUUCUCAGUUAUGAUUAGUUAAGUCAUUGCGGCCACGCCUCCAGAGUGACAUAUCAUAGAAUCUGUCAGGAAGUAUGCAGCGUGACUAAGUUACAGCUAUCAACAUUUAUCAGCAGUGAGAUCUAAAGAUCAAUAUUUCUCUCCCCAGUUGCUGUAGUAAACUGUAAACGCUAGAAUGGCAAGUUCAGCCUUCUGAUUAAUGUCAAUAUUUUGCCUUCUGACUGAAAUUUACAGAUUUAAAAUAUACAUUUAAUUCACUGCAGCCUUUUAAGAUGUCAAACCCAAGCCAGAUUUGAAGUGAAACUGUAAUGAAAUGCAUAUCCAGUCAGAUUUUUUUUUUAUGCUUCAUUUGGCAAUUUAUUUUGAAAGAUCUCCAACAACUCUAAACGCAGUGGGGCAUAUCUUUUGACAAACUAUUAUUAUAAUUGUUUUGCAUAAACAAUUUUAUCCUCUUAAUUUCUGAGUUCUUAAACAGGGUUAAUUCAACCUUAGUUGUCACCCGUCAAGUUGGUUAAUGACAACUGCUAAUAAGAAGUGUAAGCUGUAAGUGGGUGCAUGUGGACAACUUUCUCUCUCCCACUAUAAUGGUACUAUUAGGAAAGAUACAGGAUGGUUUCUAUGUCGCCAUUCACUUCAACUUAGUAAGCAUGCAUCAAUAUCAUCGCUUUUUAAAGGCAAAUAUCAGUAAGUAAUUAACCUGAAGAUAAGCAUUUAACUGCUUCUCUAUUAGGAGUGUCAGAAAAAGCUGCCCUAGGACCAAUUUAAGUGCCAUGUACAGUAUGCUUAGCUCUGUGUGCAUGAAGGAUGUUUGAACGGUCAUACGCUGUAGAGACCUAGGCCUAGUCAGUAUACAGGACGGGAGUAUCGACUGUAAAAAGGGAAAGUCACAUUUUCAUUUCUACAGCAACAUUUAUCACUGAACACAUUUUAAUGGAACCUUGUGAAAAGGAAUCUCAAAAAUGGGGCGGCUUAGGUCGAGGCAUUUGGGGGGG